UUGCGGCUCCCACGGCGCAUGCCCAGUCACCCGGUCUGGCGGGGCCGGGGACGAUGCUGAGGCGGUCGCAGUCGCGGCCCAGACAGGCGCUCAAGGGGAGGCGAGCUCAGCGCUAGGCCGGGCCCGGCGCCGCGGAGCUCCCCGCCGCUGUGGAGCUGAGGAGGCCAAAGGAAGCAGCGGCAAGAGGUGCCCCAGCGCCGCUGCCGCCAUGCCGGGUCCCCCCACGGCAGGAGCGCCCCCCGGGCUGGACCCGGAGGAGCGCUACGACUUCCUCUUCAAGCUGGUGCUGAUCGGCGACGCCAGCGUGGGCAAGACGUGCCUGGUGCAGCGCUUCAAGACUGGGGCCUUCGCCGAGAGGCAGGGCAGCACCAUCGGCGUGGACUUCACCAUGAAGAGCCUGGAGAUCCAGGGCAAGCGGGUCAAGUUGCAGAUCUGGGACACAGCUGGUCAAGAACGGUUUCGGACCAUCACCCAGAGUUACUAUCGAAGUGCCAAUGGAGCUAUUCUAGCCUAUGACAUCAGCAAGAGAGGCUCUUUCCAGUCUAUUCCUCGCUGGAUCGAGGAUGUGAGAAAGUAUGCAGGUUCCAACAUAGUACAGUUGCUGAUUGGAAACAAGUCUGACCUAAGUGACCGUCGGGAGGUUCAGCUAGAGGAAGCUCAGAGUCUGGCUGAGCACUAUGACAUCACCUGUGCCAUAGAGACUUCUGCAAAGGACUCCAGCAACGUGGAGGAGGCUUUUGUAAAGAUGGCAACAGAGUUAAUGAUGAGGCAUGGAGGCCCCAUGUUCAGUGAGCAAAACACAGACAGCAUCAAACUUGACAGCAAGGAUGUGGAAGGAUGGGGGUGUGGCUGCUGAUGCAGGUUAUGUUAUCUCUAACUUUUACUGGAAUUACGAGGGUACCUUCCCUUCCCUUACAAUUACACACACACACUCUGCUGCAUAACAAAGCAGCAGUAUCCUUUUCCUGCAAGCCCAAUAUUUUUGUAAGGUUAGACAUUAACAUUUGCAGGAUAAUUUUAAAUAUGAAGGGGCUUUCUUUUGUAGAUCUAAAAGUUAGCCUUCCACAGCAGUUACUCUGUAGCAGUUUCUACCACAUUCUUUUCAGAGGAACUUGUGCAAUUUGAAAGUUAAGUUGCACAGAAGGAAGCCACUGGGAUCCCUUUGUAUGAAAUUGUCUGAACAAGAAAUUACUGUGUUACCUGUUGUAAAUCCCUGUACCAUGGGAGCUUGUACAGAAGAUGACACUUCUGCUUUUAGGUCAGUGAGUCUUAACACUGCCUCUGUUUUUAAACUCUCAGCAUUCCAAGAAACAAAUAAUCAGAAACCACACAGUGUCAUUCAGUUUCUCUGCAGGGACGUUUCAAGUAUGAAAUACUUGAAAGUUUCCUAUAUAGGACAAAUCAGCUAACAUUUGUUCAAAAUGAGGAACCUCAAUAGAAGAUAGGUUUUUCUAGACAUUAAAUGUAGCAUGUGGCGAGGGUUGAUUAAUGCUGCUGGUGCAAAGCUAGCUGGACAAGAUUUUUGUAUCACAUUUUUCAGACAAGUAGAGAAACCAGUAUGAGCAGAACUGAACUGAACACAUGGGUCACUAAUUUAUUUUCUUUAUUUCCAUCUUGGAAGACUUGAUCCUAAAAACAUUUCAUUGAAUGGAAGUCCUACUGAUUUCAACAGAACCUUCUUGGAGCGUAAAUGCCUUUGAAAAUUCAUCAGGCUCACUUCCGAGUAAAUAGGCUUAGGAUUGUAAUUUCAAUAUUAAGGUUUGUUCAUCAUAUAUUUUGCACAUUUUAUAGCCCCCUUCUUGAAGAUAAUAUCGUGUACCUCUAAUAUUCAGUGUUAUUAUUUUCAUUUAAAAUUCAUAUUCAGUACCUAUGAAAAGAAGAUAAUGUUUUUGUUUUUUUUACCCUUUGCUUCUUUAAUUGCUGCAGUGCAUCAAAUCAUUUUUAUUGAAGCUUAGUUUCAGUUACACAUGCUGAUCAUUAAUGUUGUUCCUGGAGUAUUUUUUCCAUAGGAUGUCAUCCAGCUAGAGCUUCUUCCUGUUUAACUUUAGAUAUUAAAUUUGUGGAGGAAAUUGCAAGUAAUGUUUUAUUUUUUGUGCCAUGAAAUCAGCUCCUCGUGAAGAUUGUCUGGGCCAGUUUUGUUAAGAAAUUGAUAAGUGUCUAUAAACUGCACAGUCAGGUAUAGGUGAUCCCUGCUAAUUUUCUUUAAAUGUCCACCCAUGUUAUGGAGCCCCUAUAAAUCAUGAAGCAAUUGCUCUCAUGUCAUAAAUUGGCUCAGGAACUCCUAAUAUGGGACACAUUUUGUGGUUAAAUAAUUGAGCCUGUUCUCUUGUGGAUCCCCCCCUGCCCCUGCCACUAUUAGUUAAUGCCACAGCACCUUCUUUUAAAUUGUAUCUUCUCAUUUCUGUAAGAGGAAAAAAAUCUCUUUUUUUGUAGGUCUGCAAUGUAUUAAUGAAACUAUGUGACUGUUUCUGCGCAGCACAUUUAAUUUACGGAGAGUUUAUGUUCAUCUCAGGUUAAAGUUAUGCCUGCAGUUUAGAUGUGCAGAUGUUGCCCACAUUUUUUCUCUUUUUAGCACCUUAAAACUAAAAUAGGAUGAAUAACGGAUUGAAACCAGAGAAAAAAUGCACCAAAGGGGGCUAAAGGAAGCUGACUUUCCCACUUGCAGAAGGUGUCUCCACCUGAUUUUCAGGGAUCUCCUCUCAGCUAUCCCCACUCCCACCCCCAUGAUACAUCCCACUCCAUACAAUAGGGGCUGGGGGGCUGUCAGAAGAAAGAGGCAUAGCUGCCAAGUUCUCCCUUUUUUUAAGGGAAAUUCCCUUAUGCUGAAUAGGCUUCCUCGCGAGAAAAGGGAAAACUUGGCAGCUAUGGAAAGAGGGGCUAGAAAGUAAAUUUUUCUUUGGAUUCAACUCCAAAGUAUCUGCAGGCUGUUAAGCCAACUUUUCAGUGCUUAAUGCAUUGUACCUAUUAAAGGGCCUUCAGUUCAGAGCAAAGUCUCUGAAAAGCAGGUCCUUGCACCUGGACACUCAGAAGUCCCUGAUUUGUGUUAGGAAAAUGGAUAUUGUAAAUUCAGAUUAUAAUUCAAAAACAUCAAUUUAUGAUUAUUUCAAUUAGCAUUAAAGAAGAAGAAGAAUCUUGGAUCAUUUUUAGAAAUUGAUAUGAUUAAUCAGAAAAUCCACCCAUAUCUAUAUAAAAAAGGGCAUCUUCUGUCUGUUUUGGUUUUUGUCAUACAAAGUAACUGACUGUAAAAUUUGUUUAAUUAAAAAACUCAUCCCACUUUUUCCGAUCAAAAAUUAACCCAAAAUGGGUUCUGUUGUGUUUCUGCUUGUAGCUUUGAGAGCAGUGGCUUUGAUUUCAAGUGUGUUAGAUAUAAUAAAUAAAGAGGCCUUACUUUCUGUUAGGGAUAGUUUUCACAACUACGUUUUACAUAGAAAUGCAGUGUGAGGUGUAACAGAGAAGUUUUGCUUCUAAAUAGGACUUCAUACCAGGAGACGUCAGGUCCACUGCAUCCAGAAAUUUAAAAAGCUCUGACUGCCCAGCAGUAACUAAUCACUGUAUUUUGGAGUUACAGAAAACUCCAGUGAUUACCUUAACUAAUUGUUGGUAUCAAACAAAUGUUUCUACACUGUGAGUACAGUCCUCCAGGCACUUUGGUUGCAUAAUUUAAAUGACUGGAAGCUGAUUAGCAACUGUGCCUAGUGGACUUGGAUCCAUCCCCCUUAGGCCAAGCCCUAAACUGAUGUGCCUGUGUUGUGCAGGAAAGUUUACAUCAUAGCCAGGUCUCAAUCAACUGAGGGCUGUAAGGGUCUCCUCCAGCUAACUCUUUGAUGAACUGAUGCCAUUACAGCUUUAGGAUCACUUUGGAUGGAUUCUGACAUGAUGGUGCUCCCAUGAUGAUGACGAUGGUGAUUUUAGAAAUUGAUCCUUAAAUCUACAUUCUGGGUGUGAUCUAUAUAAGAUUUCCAGGAUUUAAGUGAACAGGAUCCUGUUGGACUCUGCUCACAAGAUUGUAGUCACAAGCUCCCAGUUCAAGACAUUUUUCUGGGACCACCAAAUGUUUCAGAAUUGACCUGCUCCCUCCGAUCUAUGCACAUUUUAUAGCAAGUAUGUUGAGAAUACACAGAACUCAGCUGUUAGUGUUGUCUGACAUUUUAUAUUCUGAUGUAGCCUGAGAGUGAAAGAACAGAAUACAAUGGAUACUUUUCCAAAUUGGGUUCCAUGUGAGCCUCCUCUUGUAGCCCUUGAAUAGCCCUGAGUUUGCUACAAGUUGAGUUUUUUUUUCAGGCCAGUCAUACAGAUAAGAUUGUACUGUAGCUCACCAAACAUUGUGAAGGGACUGGCUUUUGUUACAAACAAAUGCUUGUUGUUUCCUCACUAACAUAGGUAAAUUUGAGACCUAACUUUAAAGAGUAAUACGAACCUAUCUCGUAUUUACAGAGUGUUCUGACACCCUUUGGAGCCAGUGCCUAGUAAAAGGGCAUCAGCUGUUAACAGAAUAGUGCAAGCAACUGGCAGCUGCCCAAGCCACCUGUAUCACUGUGGAUCUGUGUGUGCUUGCAAGUGUUUCAUUGAAAAAGUGGUAAUGAGGUUGCAGCAGAUGGGAUGGCUAAGCAGCUACUCUUUGUGUGUGAUCCCUCCCUUCCUAGAGUGCUUAAACCUGAUGCCCUACCAGGAGAUGGAGUUGGUGGCAAUGAUUACUUGGGGAUUGGUGAAUGUGUAAUAGGGGCUUAUCUGUGGUUGGGAAGGUGGGAACAGAGAUGCAUCCAUAUAUAGAGACAACAAUGACCUUGUCUUGUACUCAAGUGGCAUGUAGUGCUGCUUGUCCUAGGGAUCUCCUGUGGAAGAUGGCAGAAUGUACUGCAAGGUAGAAUUCAGGAUUGUAUCUCUAGACCAUUUGGUCUGGUCUUUUAAUGGGGGAACUUGGUGAGAAAACAUUUGGAGCUGUCUCUUAUCACUGGAAAGAAACUAAGCACUUUGUUUUUCCUCAGUCUUUUUAGUACAGUCAAACCUCGGUUUACGUCUACCUCGGCGAGCAACCGCUUCAGUGAGCGACUGCCGCGGACUCGGAAGUGUUUACAUCCGGGUUCCGCGGCGUUGGAUGCGCAGAUGCGAUCUGCGCAGCGUGCACAGAAGUGCUCUAUCGGCGCUUUGCGCACGCACAGAAGCGUGCCUUCGGCGAGCAACCGCUUCGGCGAGCAAUCGCAUCCGCGGAAUGGAUUGCGGUCGCAAAGCGAGGUACCAUUGUACAACCAAUAGCUCGUUCCCACAAGUUUAUUGUGUAGGAAAUCUUUAAAUCAGGCAGAAAAAUGCAUCUCUCAAAAGAAGCUUUCCAGUACAAUAUAGAAAGAAUCACCCAUCUUGGACACUGGGAAACAAGAAUUCUUUGCUACAAAUUAAUGCAUUUUUCUGCCUAGGAUUUCUUUUCUUUCCCUCAAGACUCAGGUCUAAGUCACAUUUUACUUUAGCAGUGGCAGUGGAGGGGCAGUCCUCUAGUUGUUUUGCCACUGGCCCAGAUCAUGGGCAUUGGCCCUCAACCACCAUGCAAAUGAUCUCUGGAGUUUGUCUGGCUCAGUCAGAGGUUAUAUAAAAAUACAUUGCAAAUUGCUUUGCCUAAAUCCAGUUUUUUCUUUCAAAAUAUUGUACAACUUCCUUAGAUGAAUGAAGUUGUCUUGUAUCAUUCAACAUUGCUACAUCAGAAUAAAACACACUUUCAUGCUAAAGACACAAAACAAUAGAAGAGGGAAAUGAUUUGCCAAAAUCAGUUUAGCAUAGAAUGUAGAUGCAUAGGUAGAUUUCACAUAUAUCGCUAGAAGAAGCACAUAGAGCACACACAAGAUUCUGAUGCUGAUACUAAAUAGAUAAUCAUUUGUACUAAAGACAAUUCUCAAUUAGAGUUUGGGUGCUUCAGAUGUGCCACAUUUGUUACACAGAAAGCAUGUUUUGUGGCAUAUUUUCUGCACAAAAAAUGCUGUUACUAAACCUGCCUGGCCAGUUAAGCACAUAUGUACCUUUCACAAUUGAUGGCACCAGACAUGCAUUUUACCAUUUAUAAUUGGAUUCUUUUUGUAGCAGAGCAUUUUAAAAAUAAAGUACAAACACUUACUAAAAUAGAGUUCUAUUUGUGUCCAAAUUAACUUGGAAGUCUUUCAUUAGAAGUGAGUACAUUAAAUCUUGCAUUAGAAGUGAGUAAAUGUGUGAUUAUUUGGUCUGUGAGUAGAGUUUAUGGCCUAAAUCUUUGAAAACUGUUUCCUGGUAGUUGGAACAUAAUCUAGACCUUUUAAAGAGUAGCUCAUAGUUUUGAAAACUUUUCUGUUUAUAGCAAUAGCUAUCAGCCUUAAAAUACUGUUAUUUGUAGUUGUUUUUUUCCUUUACUGGCUUGCAAGAUUAAAUAUGAAUUUUGCUAUACAACAAGGAAAAUAUAGCUUAUAAGUACUAUGGAUUUCACCACUUUUAUAAGGAUAGUACUUGUCCACAAAAAUAUUUUCCAAAUGGCAUAGCUUUUUUUUUUUUUGAUGCCCGCCUUACCAACCUAUUGGCAAUUUCCAUCUUAAUGCAUAAUCUAUGCAAAUAUUUGUUAAUCUAAGAUGUGAAUUUAGUACAGUGCCUUCCUUUUGUGUUUUUUCAAAACAUCUGAAAUUAGGUAAUGUUGGACCAUAUAUAUAGAUAUUUGCACCUAGUUAUGUUUAUCAUUGACCCAGUACGAGAUUGGAUUAUUCUUUAUUAGACACAAAGGUCUUCAAGUGACUUACAAUACAUUUAAAAGUAAAAGGCCAGAUUCAACUAACUGGUCCCACCAGUGGAAGCCCACAAAAGGGCUUUCCCCUCUCUCCUCCUCCCUGUGCCCUCUCAAUUUGCCCUGUGGGGGUUGGGAGAACCCCCAGGACAGUGUAUGAGGAGAGAAGAGGGGAAAUUGUUCCACUGGGCAAGCAGAAAUGCUUGUGCUGACAAACAUUUGUACUUGUGCGCUAACAGAAUGUAUGUGGGAGCAAAUAUCGGCCACCAUAGUAGGUAAUACAGCACACAUACAAUCAAUCAUGCAGCCAGAGUGACUUUGUAUAUUACCUAAAAGUGUAGGAAGAGACGUCACACUUUUUGCUCUUUUCACUAACUCUGUAAUUUUGAAGGAGUAACUCGUACAUUUCUCAUGGAAAGAGGAGGUGGAGGAAUUGGCAGAGCUGUUCCUACUUUCUCUUCCAUUCUAUUCUCUUUUUCAAAUGUGCAAAGUCACCCUGGUAGUCUAAAUAAAUACAAUCUUUGCUUCAGAACAAAAUGGUGAGUCAUACUAGACAAAGCACCAGUUUCUCUGAAUCCUCUUUCCCUACUUUAAAAACCGAUCAUCCAGGCAGCAACAGCAGAAGAAAAUGCCUUCUGCCUUGCUCUCACAUCUGUGUUUGCUUUGCUUUCCUUCCCUCUUCCUGCUCCUCCCUGACAUUUUCCUGGGCCUGUUACGGUCAUGGCUCUGCUUUGCACUUUUAUUCUCAACUUUUAAAAUAAACAGGGAGGUGGCGGCAUCAGAAUUAAGGACUUGGUGACAGCAACUUUUGAAUUGCUCAGAUGGGCAGAGCUGUCAGAAGUGUGGAAAACCUGGAACCUGAGAAGUGUAAGGAAAUCAUGCUGGGUAUUAUGGGUGUGAUUUAGUGGAUGAAAACUUUCCCCUUGGUCCCAAAUUUGGGUACCAGGAAAUACCAUGGGAAUGGGACCUCUCUGUAUUUAGGACCAGUGUGUAAGCUCUCUACCUCACUGCACGGCAAUCCUGAAUCCCUUCUAAUUUGUACAACUAGGAAAGAAAUUUACAGGGUAUAGUAAAUAGACAAUCUGGAAUGGUUUGAUACUAUGGUUGCCUAUGGUGCUUACACACUACCUUAGCUGCUUUGAUUGUAUUUUGAGAAAAUAAAAAGUGCAUGAGUGAGACACGUGCAUGCUCUUAAUAUAUUGCUGUUGGUCACAGUCCUCUUAUUGUGAUGCUAAUAAUUUUGCAGUUUAUAAAAUCUGGUUGUUUGUACUGUGGUAUACAAAACUGUAAGGAAGUUUUUGUUUUUAAGCACUCUGCCUGGCGCGGGGGGGGGGGGGGCGGGGAGCGGAUGUUUGAGAGUUUCUCAAGCUUUAGAGAACUAUUCCCUACCUUCCCAAAAUUUUAGAUCUCACAAGAAAGACCUGCAUGCAUGUCCAGCCUUCCAUACACAGUUUUACUUAAUUGGUACCCACGUGCAAAUUAGCUCAAUUGUGCAACUGCAUUGUGAUGUGUGUUCUCCAGUCCCCAUCCACAGUGAUACAGGAGAUGUAAUAGAAGAACAUAGUGGCCCUAAUCUGGAGCCUUGCCUAAGAUUACAAUCCUACACAUGUGCACUGGGGAAUAAGUACCAUAGAAAUCCAUUGGCCCUACUAAGUAUACAUGAUUUGGAUUGUUUUUAUAGCCAGGGUAAAAUAAGUUAUAUGUAUUGGGCCACAGCUCUUUAAGUCCUGCUGAGAUUAAUGGGAUUUAAGGACAACUUCUUCUGUACCGAAAUUGCAUAUCUUUAUGAGAAUCAGUAGUUUGAUGUGAGCAGGUUAAUCCAAAUACUAUCUCUAGUUCAAUUUCCGUACACCAACUAAAAUAACUUACAAUGAUUUGGGCAGUAGUAGGGAAGAACAAGUUAACCUUUAUCUUUCUCCCAUCUCUGCUCAGAAGCUUGCCCUUCCUGCAGCUGUUUGCCCAUCUAUGGGGGCAGAUACAGAGUUGUGUCAGUACCUAUUAAGUGCAGCGAAAUUUGUCUUGUGUGUGUGCUAUCACACUUAGUUGCUUUUGGCAACUAAACCUGACCAUCAGGUCAUAGUCUGAUGGUAGAAUCUGUAGAAAGAUAGCACAAGGCUAUAAAUUCAGGUAUUGGGGAUGGGGAUGGAAAUGCAAGUCUGCGAUUGUGGUGUUGGCACAGUCUGGAAUGUGAUAGAGAUAAUGCCAGCACUACUUUUGAAAGUGGUUUUUAGGGAAAUAUUUAGUGAUGAAUACUGACACGUUCUUUGGAGGUUCCUCAUGUGCUCUGUGUUGUCAGUGGCAUUUCCUAUUCUGUAAUAGUGCCUCAGAUGUUGGUUGUGUGGUUAAAAAAAUAAAUCUCAUGUCCCAGGGACAUGCAGCUUCCACUAGCCAUAAAAAGGCCUGGCUUACAUACAUAGUGGGGAGAAAGUUCUGAUUCAUAUUGAAUUCAUUCACUUCAUUCCAAAAAGGACUUUAAAAGGUUUGAAGAACUCCGGUGUAAACUGAAGUGUUCUGCAUUUUUAAAGAAGUUUUAUUGCUUGUAAUAAUCAAGGUUUCUGGGAACAGGCCUAGAGCCCAUCUUUCUGAUCACCGGCAACUGUCUUGCUUUUCCUAGCACAAUGUUUACCAGGUGGGGUGGAAUGCAAGAUGGCAAGGGAACAAAGCUUGCGUACAAUAGUCAAUUUUGACGUUUUAUUGUCACCUAUUUAUGAAUUUAUAAAAUAAAGAAGUUUAUUUUUAAAAACUAUGAAACCUACUUUUUUGUAAAUUUUAGCAAAGUCUGUAGCAAAUGCAUUGUAAUGUGUAUAAUAAAAAUGAGCAUUUGGCUAA